CCUAGGCACAUUUCGUCCAAUCAGAGGCACCGUUACACGAGUUUCUCGCGCAAAGUGAACCGGAAAGGGGGUUCUUAUGUUUUCUUCUAAGCAUUAUUGAAUAGCGAGAGAUUUAUACUGGUUGGGAAGUGGAUUGGCCGUCAGAAUGGGUGAGCCGCAGCAGGUCAGCGCCCUUCCGCUUCCACCGAUGCAGUACGUCAAAGAAUACACAGAUGAAAAUGUACGUAAAGGACUGGCCCCUAAACCACCUCCUCCCAUUCGGGAUAAUUACAUCAUGUUUGGCAAUCCGUUCCAGUGUGAUGACCUCGUCAUCCGGCCUCUGGAGAGCCAGGGCAUUGAAAGACUGCACCCGAUGCAAUUUGACCACAAGCGAGAGCUGAAGAAGCUUAAUAUGUCCAUCCUAAUUAACUUCCUGGACCUGCUGGACAUCCUGAUCAAAAGUCCAGGCAGCAUUAAGCGGGAAGAAAAACUGGAGGACCUGAAACUUUUAUUUGUCCACAUGCACCAUCUGAUUAACGAGUAUCGGCCUCAUCAGGCCCGUGAAACUCUGCGAGUGAUGAUGGAGGUACAGAAGAGGCAGAGAUUGGAGACAGCUGAGCGCUUCCAGAAACACUUGGAACGUGUCAUAGAGAUGAUCCAUGGCUGCCUUGCCUCACUGCCUGAUGACUUGCCCCAACCUGACACCUCUAGCAAGGCUGGGGCGGUGGUUCCAGGUUCAGGGGUUGAUGUUAGACUGAAAACUGAGCCAAUGGAUGUGGAGGAGGCUGGGGUUAGCUGCAUGGCAGGACAAACAGACAAAAAUGUACCGGCUACCGCAAAGGAAAAAGUAUGGGAUAAAGAUGCUAUAAUGUGCAGUAUCAUCGAUGAAAUGACGUAAAACUCAUUGCAUAGUUUCCUUUUUUGUUUUGCUCUGGGGUAAACAUCGGAUUGGAAAAAUAUAUUCCAGCACGGACACUAGCAGUCAUUCAAGCUUAGGAGGGGAACUGUUUUUCUCAAUAAAUGACCUUUGAAAUUCUGUACACAAUAAAAAAAAAAAAACCAACAAAGAAAAUAAGGUAUUUUUGCACCUUGCUUACAUCUUCUAUGCCUCUCCUUGUUUGUGGAAAUGGUCAGGUUCUUGUUUCUAAUAAAAGCUGUGUUUUACUAA